ACAAGUUUCUUAGAAAUGAAAACACGCAAAAGAGACAGAAGAACUGUCCGGCUUGCAAACGGACCAACAACUACCUGCAGAGCAGAGACUGCGUUCAUUUUCCAUCGCAAAGAAGAGAAACAAUCAAGACAAGAAGAGGAAAAUGCUCUGCUGCUUUCGGAGAAAUCCCCAGCGUCUGGGGAACAGGAGUUGGCUUCUAAAACCCUCACCAUUCAGUCAAAAAGGUUCUAUCUGGAUGUGAAACAGAACCGACGAGGAAGGUUCAUUAAAAUAGCGGAGGUUGGUGCUGGUGGGAAGAAGAGUCGUUUGCUGCUUGCAAUGUCUUCUGCAGCAGAGUUCAGAGACUAUCUCACAGACUUUAGUGAUCACUAUUCAUCGCUUGGUCCUCCCAACCCAGAGAACCUGCCGGAAGAUGGGAAGUUGAAGAGUGAAGUGAUGACAAAGGACAACAAGAGAUAUUACCUAGAUCUCAAAGAGAACCAGCGAGGAAGGUUCCUCAGGGUUGCGCAGACAGUCCCCCGUGGAGGGCCUCGGUCUCAGAUCGCGAUCCCUGCCCAGGGGCUAAUAGAGUUCCGGGACGCCCUUACUGACCUACUGGAUGAGUUUGGUACUGAUGAUCACGGUCAGAGUGAUCUGCCAGAGAGCAAGUACCUGCGGGUGGAGAACAAGGUGUUCUACUUUGAUGUGGGAUCAAACAGGAGAGGCGUGUACCUGCGAGUGUCUGAGGUUCGGUCCAACUACCGGACUUCAAUCACCAUUCCAGAGAGGUCUUGGGGCCGGUUUCGCGACAUGUUGUCCGAAUUCACAGAGCGAGGACAAGAUGGCGCCCAGUAGAGCAGCAACCCUACGCUCUCCUGACCAGCGGGAAUGUGCUUAGUGAGGGAUCAGUCAUUGCUUGUUGAGGGAGCGGUCAUUGGAACUCUUGUCAAUAUUUACUGUAAAGACUUUGCUCCGCAAGGAGAUGUCAUUGAAUUGAACGUCAGAUUUAAUGGACAGCUAUUGUGUAUUGGUGUUUUAUUGUUCAUGCCGAUUUGUGAGUUACACAGGUCACAGGUACAAAGAAAUUUGGUAUUUAACAAGAAAUGUACUUGAGAUCCCUCGAUGCCUAAAGGGAUAGAUUGAAAUUCUGUUACGUCUCCUUAAUGAAUUGGUACUUGGAUUGAAAUGUUGAGAAAUAUAAGUCAGGUCAAUGUUCUGAUAUAACUAGACAGGGACAAACUGUAAAAUAUGUGAUGCAUAUCAAAAUGUUUUUAUUUUUACUAUUGAGCAAUCAAAAGUUUUAUUUUAGAUGAUAUAAAAAAGAAUUUAUCAUUCAUUCAGCACAUUUCCAAUGGUUUGAUGACGAGUCUUGGAACUGUAUUACAGCUUUCUUGGGAUAUGGGAUUGAAUAUACUUCUUGGAAGUCUGAAUUUGGUUUAGAUGUAGUUGUUAUGUUGACUGACUGAGUUGUAUUGAUUUAUGAGCACUCGUCUGAGUUGCACUUGCUGAUAUAUGGGGUUGGAAAAGUUGCUUGUUUGUGGAUUUAACGGAAAUACUUUGCCUUCAUGGGUUUCUUCUGAUUGGUUCUUUCAGAAUGUUUGAUUGACAUAGACUGUGAAGGCUGUAAAGGCCCAAGUGAACAAAAGAUUAUUGUGAUCAAUAUGUCAGUGGGCUAUAAGCAGUGGUUAAUGAAAUAAAGAUCGAGAAUGCAGAAGUUAAAGUUAAUUUCAUUUCUUGUGUUUUCAAGAAUAAAGAGUGCCCUUAUGAUUGAGUUAUUUAAAUAGAAACAAAAUUGGGUCAGAUUUCAGUAUAUAAAGGUGACUGAUGAGGUAAAUGUUUUGAUGGUUGUUGUUUGUUGAUAAAUUGUUGCUAUUUUAUUUUAGUGUUGGGUGAAACAAUACAGGCAACUCUUAAAUGUUCAUGGACUAAGUUGCAAGUAAAUUUGGUGAAUUGAAAAAGAUUAAAAAUUGCAACAGCAGUUUGGUACGAGUGAUGAAGUUAAUAAAAGGAUAAAUUGUUUAUAACUAUAAUUAAGUUAAAAAGCAGAAGCAAAUCAUGUUAGAUUUAGUCUGUCUCCAAGCUUAAUUAUAAUGAGUGACUUGUUAGUUUCUAUCACCAUGAAACACUCCAAAAUCAAACCACAUUAACAAACACGAUAAAGUUGUAUUAAAAAAAACACACAUUUAUAUCGUAAAAUAUAUUGGUUUUAUUGCUGACUGAUUUGUUUCAUGGUUCAGGAAUAAUUCAGAAAACGAAAUCAGACAAGAUUUUAUUUUAGCAUGUUUUUACUGGAACCUCUUACUGAUGUUGUUACUUGUUGAUUUUUGUUAUUGACAGUUUUAACUAGCAGUGAUACUGUACAGAUCAACUCUUGCUUAAUGGCCAAGUUAGCAAUACUUUGAAAUAAACAAGACAUUCUAAAAUCCAUGUUGUUUUUUUUCAUUCAUCUUUUAGGAAAAUCAUUUGUUUUGUUUCAAUAAAUGAAGAGAUGUACAGUGUCAUAAUUUAUAGUGAAUAUAAAGUCAUAUUCAUUUCUAUUGUUGUUAACUAAUAUAUUGCCAAAUAAGCUGUUCUCUGGAAAAACUGGGCUUAUUUUGUGUGUGUAAAAUACCGGCUCAGAUUAGCUUGUGCAAUCCAUACUUGCUAUUUUGCAAGUUGUACGGAAUUUUUCAUUUAAAUGAAGUAUCUUCUAAACUAAAUUCCAGUUAAGGCCUACAUUAAUGGUUGCCCAGGCUCAUUUGGGACGUUAGUUUUCUCACAUGCAUAACGCCCUGCUUUUCUAGAGACCUGCUCAUGCCUAUUGUUGUUGAAGAAUGUAUUGGCAAUUUUGGACCCGAAAAUAUGGAUCAAUUUUCUUUAGUAUAAUAGAUUUACCUUCCCAUUUCUAAACAGGUGUCAAAUUGUAUUAUUUUUUGUUGUUUUAGUUCAAUAUUACAAUAAAUAUAACAGAACCUUGUUUGUUAGUUUUACUUGAAUAAUCAAAAAUAAAUGAUUGUUUAAAUUGUUUAUGGUUUAAUUUGUUAUUCUUUGUUUUGACUUACGUUUAUUGCUUUCUAGGUAAUGUUCAUAUUUUAGUGUAUAUUAUUAUAUCAACCUUGUACUGGGAAAACUGAGCUUAAUGCACAUGCAUAAAUUGACUUCCUAGAUAAGCCUGUGCAGUUUACACACGCUUAUCAAGAACCACUUUUCCUGCUUGUAUGGUAGUUUUCGUUUAAAGGAAGUUUCUUUUUAGCCAAAAUCCAGUCAUGGUGGAAAGUGUUGUCCCUGAUUAGCCUUUGCUGACUACACAGCCUAUUCUGGGAGGACACUCAUUAAGCACAGUUUUUCCAGUACAAAGAUGGUGUUAAUGUUUGUUUCAAGUGAUUAGAAGUCGUCAUCCAGACACACUAAUGUGUUUGUACAGUCCCUGAUACCUCUGUACAUGUUUAUUUCCUUGUUUUGUAAGGAUGAAAUAAAGCUUAAUUAGCAA